AUGGCGAAUUCCAAUUCUAGACGGGCUUUGCUACCUGGUGUCUACGCACCACUUCCUACCUUUUUCGAUGAGAAUCAAGAGAUCGAUUAUGAGACGUACAAAGCCCACUUGCUAAAUUUAACUUUGAAGGGGAUGGUGCCCGUGUGCGCAGGCUCUCUUGGUGAAGCUGUCCAUUUGAGCUUCGAAGAAAGGACCUCUCUUAUCCGAUUUAUCAGAGCCACCAUGGAUGAAGCAGGUCUCAAUGCCACUCCAAUCGUCGCCGGAGUAGGAGGCUUGAGCACAAGAGAGACUAUCCAGUUAGCCCAAGCGGCCGCAGAGGCAGGCGCAGACGCGGGGAUGGUAAUUCUUCCUGCUUAUUAUGCAGCAAGUCUUAAUACAGACCCGGAACAAGUGGUUCAAUAUUAUAUCGACAUUUGUGCAGGGUCACCCAUUCCCCUCCUCCUCUACAAUUUCCCUGCAAAUGCAGGUGGUCAAGACAUGUCUUCUGAAGUCAUCAGCACAAUUAUCAAAAAGGCGCCAAAUUUGUGCGGUGUCAAGUUAACAUGUGGCGGAAGUAUUGGAAAGCUCGUUCGUCUCAAUGCGUUAUUAUCCGAGGAUCCUAUGAUCAACAGCAGCAGAAACUUUCCAUUCCUCCUACUUGAUGGCUUGAUCGCCGAUCUUACCCCUUGGAUGCAAUGUGGUGGCCAUGGAACCGUGAGCGGCAUACCCAACUUUGCUCCGCGAGCUUCUAUGAGACUCUGGAAUUUAUUGAAUUUAAAAUCGCCCACAUCAGAAGAGCUACAGGAAGCUACAAGGAUCCAGGCUAUUUUGUCUAGAGCCGAUGCCUCUGCCGUUCCAGGUGGAAUUCGUGCAAUGAAAUACGUAUUGAACAAGAUGCAUGGAUAUGGAAUCGCUCCACGGAAGCCCCUUCUCCCUCUGAACGAAAGCGAAGGGGAGAAAUUCAUGGAGGUGCUGAAGGAGAUGCUUGAACUAGAAAAUGAAUUUAUGGAAGAUUGA